UCUCCGACUCGGUCCUGCAGCGCCUCUAGGCUGCGGAUCCGCGCUCCAACCACCUGCUCCACGCUGCCGCCAAGGAAACUGGGCGGGAGGGAGGAGCGAGAGGAGGAGACUGGCAGUUUACACACGCCUUCCCGUCCUCCACUCAGAGCUGCCCGAGCCCACGGCGGUUGCCACUGCUCCAGCUGCCGCCACUACAGCCGCUUCCUCUGCUGCCACCUGAGGAGACCUACCGUUCGGACCCGCGGCCCUGCCCCGCCGACCCCUUCCCAGGUCCCCGUGACCCGUGCAUGGUGCCACUCUCAUUGCUCCUACUACCCUCUCCUUUGCAAGAAGAGAAAGUAAUAGAAGAUAGCAACCAAAAAAGAACCGCGUCUACCUUGACUGACUACUGAAGCAUCUCUUGGAAGAAGAGGUCGCCCGUCCUGGGAAUAGCAGCGAAGGACGCUGAGGGAGGGUGUCGAGGGGGAGGUAGGAGUUGCGGGUUCUGCGUGGCGGAAAGUUGCGUGUGGCGCAGACCCGACGGCGCAGCGCCACAGCCCCCGGGGACCGUGUGACUGGGAAAAAGCCACUGCUUCCUGAGUCGGGACCCACGAGUGAGCGGGCCCCGUGGGCCCGGGGACGACGCCCCCUCCUGCGGCGUGGACUUUGUCGGUGGCCCUCGAGGAGGAGGAAUAUGGCACCUAAGGCGUCCCCUUCUUGCCGUCUGGUUUUCUGCCUCUUGAUCUCCGCCGCGGUCCUCAGACCAGGCCUUGGAUGGUACACUGUCAACUCAGCAUACGGAGACACCAUUACCAUGCCUUGCCGACUGGAUGUACCUCAGAACCUCAUGUUUGGCAAAUGGAAAUAUGAGAAGCCCGAUGGUUCCCCAGUAUUUAUUGCAUUCAGAUCUUCUACGAAGAAAAGCGUGCAGUACGAUGAUGUCCCCGAGUACAAGGACAGACUGAGCCUCUCAGAAAACUACACUUUGUCUAUCAACAAUGCCAAGAUCAGCGACGAAAAGAGAUUUGUGUGCAUGCUAGUGACCGAGGACAACGUGUUCGAGGCCCCUACGCUGGUCAAGGUGUUCAAGCAACCAUCUAAACCUGAAAUUGUAAACAAGGCACCAUUUCUCGAAACAGACAAGCUAAAAAAGUUAGGUGACUGCAUUUCAAGAGACAGUUACCCGGACGGUAACAUCACAUGGUACAGGAAUGGAAAAGUGCUGCAACCACUUGAAGGAGAGGUGGUCAUACUUUUUCAAAAGGAAAUUGAUCCAGUUACUCAAUUGUAUACCAUGACUUCAUCGUUGGAGUAUAAGACAACCAAGGCAGACAUACGAAUGCCGUUCACCUGUUCUGUGACAUACUAUGGACCCUCAGGCCAGAAAACAAUUCAUUCAGAACAAGCAGUGUUUGAUAUUUACUAUCCUACAGAGCAGGUGACAAUACAAGUGCUGCCACCAAAAAUGGCCAUCAAAGAAGGGGACAACAUCACUCUUCAGUGCUUGGGGAAUGGCAACCCACCUCCCGAGGAGUUCAUGUUUUACUUACCAGGACAGCCUGAAGGAAUAAGAAGCUCAAACACUUACAUGCUGACAGACGUGAGGCGCAAUGCCACAGGAGACUACAAAUGCUCACUGAUCGACGCAAGAAGUAUGAUGGCUUCAACAGCCAUCACAGUGCACUAUUUGGAUUUAUCCUUAAACCCAAGUGGGGAAGUGACCAAGCAGAUUGGUGACACCCUGCCUGUGUCAUGCACAAUCUCUGCUAGUAGGAAUGCAACUGUGGUGUGGAUGAAAGAUAACAUCAGGCUCCGAUCAAGCCCAUCGUUUUCUAGUCUUCAUUACCAGGAUGCUGGGAACUAUGUCUGUGAAACAGCUCUUCAGGAGGUUGAAGGACUGAAGAAAAGGGAAUCACUAACACUCAUUGUAGAAGGAAAACCUCAAAUUAAAAUGACCAAGAAAACUGAUCCCAGUGGACUGUCUAAAACCAUAAUCUGCCAUGUGGAAGGGUUUCCAAAACCAGCCAUACAGUGGACCAUUACUGGCAGUGGAAGUGUCAUAAACCAAGCAAAGGAGUCUCCUUAUAUCAAUGGCAGGUAUUAUAGUAAAAUUAUCAUUUCCCCUGAAGAGAAUGUUACACUAACUUGCACAGCAGAAAACCAACUGGAGAGAACAGUAAACUCCCUGAAUGUCUCUGCGAUAAGUAUUCAAGAACACGAUGAGGCAGACGAUGUGAGUGAUGAGAACAGAGAAAAGGUGAAUGACCAGGCAAAACUAAUCGUGGGGAUUGUAGUCGGUCUCCUCCUCGCGGCCCUCGUUGCUGGUGUCGUCUACUGGCUGUACAUGAAGAAGUCAAAAACUGCAUCAAAACAUGUAAACAAAGACCUUGGAAACAUGGAGGAGAAUAAAAAGCUAGAAGAAAACAAUCACAAAACAGAACCCUAAGAGAGGCGUGGCUCCAGGUGUCCAG